GUCUAUAGCCUGCGCAGAAAGGUCAACUGCGCAAUAGGAUGUAGGUUGGCAGAUUGACAAAUGGGUUAAAAUGGUAUAGUGUAUUUAUUGUGUAAGACAUAAUUGCGUUUCAUACAUGAUCUGGCAACUUUAGAACAUUGGACAAACAUUUUGAUUUGAUUAUUAAUUAAAUACGUUUGGACCUCGAAAAAUACGGGAGAUUACAGGGAGAAAUGACAAAACGGGAGGGGGGCGUGAGAUGGGUCAGAAUACGGGAGAAACCCGGUAAAACGGGAGAGUUGGCAGGUAUGAUAAAUAAGUCAAUAAUACUGUUAACGACUCUUUACAGGACUUCUGCACACACAGAGGGAGAGAGAGGGCGGUGUUUAGCAGAGAGUGUGAGAGAAGAUGGGAGGAGCCAACACUGGUUAUGAGGAAGUGAAGCUCAGUGCCAGACGGCAGCUUUGUUCCACGUUACACCUCUACAAAUGUUCCAGCGGUGAGAAUCUAAUUUAAAAACACUCAAACUGGACAUAGUUGCUUUCAAAAAGACGUUGGAGAGGUUGCCAUGCUUGCAUACACAGGUUAAAACAACAAGAGGACUCAGAAACUGACUGGAUUUGUCAAACUCCUGAAAGUGAAAGUAAAGUUUGUGGAAAAGUUACAACGAGAGCGAAGUUGGAACCAGAUUUAUAUUUAAUCUUGGAAAAUGGCUUCGAAACUAGAAGAGGAUAUAUCCUGUCCUGUGUGCACUGACAUCUUCAAGGACCCAGUUCUUCUGUCAUGUAGUCACAGCUUCUGUAAAGUCUGUCUGCAGCAGUACUGGGGAACCAAAGGAUCCAGAGAAUGUCCAGUCUGCAGGAGGAGGUCAUCAAAGGAUAAUCCACCAAUGAACCUUGCAUUAAAAAACCUGUGUGAGACAUUUUUACAGGAGAGAGGUCAGAGAGGAGCACUCUGUAGUCUCCAUGGCGACAAACUCAAGCUGUUUUGUCAUGAUGAUCAGCAGCUUGUGUGUCUGGUGUGCCGAGACUCAAAACUACACAGGAAUCACCAGUUCAGUCCCAUUGCUGAAGCAGCAGUUGACCGUAAGGAGGAGAUCAUGGUCAAAGUGGAUCCCUUAAAGGAAAAGCUAAAGGCUUUUGAAAAAGAAAAACUCAUCUAUGAUGAAACAGCAAAACGCAUUAAGACUAAAGCCCAGAACACAGAGAAGAUGAUCAAGGAGGAGUUUGAGAAGCUGCACCAGUUUCUACGAGAUGAAGAGGCAGCCAGGACAGCUUCACUGAGGGAGGAAGAGGAGCAGAAGAGUCAGAUGAUGAAGGAGAAGAUUGAAAAGAUGAGCAGAGAGAUCUCAUCUCUUUCAGACUCAAUCAGAGCCAUAGAAGAGAAGAUGGGAGCUGAUGACAUCAAAUUUCUACAAAACUACAAGAGCACAGUGGAAAGAGCCCAGUGCACACUGCAGGAUCCAGAGAGGGUUUCAGGAGCUCUGAUCAAUGUGGCAAAACACCUGGGCAACCUGAAGUUCAGAGUCUGGGAGAAGAUGCAGGAUAUUGUUCAAUACACUCCUGUGACUCUGGAUCCCAAAACUUCACACCCACAACUCAUCCUGUCUGAGGAUCUGACCAGUGUGAGAUUCAGUGAUAAGAGACAGCAGCUUCCAGAUAACCCAGAGAGAUUUGAUCCUUAUUUCAGUGUCCUGGGCUCUGAGGGCUUUAACUCAGGGACUCACUGCUGGGAUGUGGAGGUUGGAGAGAACACAUGGUGGAAUGUGGGUGUGAUGACAGAGUCUCUCCAGAGGAAGGGAGACUAUACCUCCAUGAGUGGACGGUGGAGUGUGGGGUAUAGUGAUGGUAAAUAUGGAACAUGUUCUACACCACAGCCCUACACUCUCCUCACAGGGAAGCAGAAACUCCAGAGGAUCAGAGUGCAGCUGGACUGGGACAGAGGAAAGCUGUCAUUUUCUGACCCUGAUAAUAACAAACACAUAUACACUGUCACACACACUUUCACUGAGAGAGUGUUUCCAUACUUUAAUGUUGCCUGUAAACUCUUUCCUCUGAGGAUGUUACCAGUGAAGGCUUCAGUGAAACAUAACCCCACUGUCUUCAUCCAUCAUAACCCCACUGACCUCAUCCAGCAUAACCCCACUGACCUCAUCCAGCAUAACCCCACUGACCUCAUCCAGCAUAACCCCACUGACCUCAUCCAGCAUAACCCCACUGUCUUCAUCCAUCAUAACCCCACUGACCUCAUCCAGCAUAACCCCACUGUCUUCAUCCAUCAUAACCCCACUGACCUCAUCCAGCAUAACCCCACUGACCUCAUCCAGCAUAACCCCACUGUCUUCAUCCAGCAUAACCCCACUGACCUCAUCCAGCAUAACCACACUGUCCUCAUCCAGCAUAACCCCACUGACCUCAUCCAGCAUAACCCCACUGACCUCAUCCAGCAUAACCCCACUGUCCUAAUUAAUCAUAACCCCACUGUCUUCAUCCAGCAUAACCACACUGUCAAAAAGUAG